AUGAGUACGCUCCACAAAACAGACGUGAAUUUGGCCCAAGCACACUGGGCCUAUUCACGUACUAAUGAAACACCAGCAUCAUUAUCAUCAGCCGUGAGAGAGAGGGAGGGGAGGGGCAGAGGAGGGCUGGAGAGAGAGGAGAGAUGGGGAGAGGAGAGAGAGGAGAGGAGAGAAAAGACAGGAGGAGAGGACAGAGUGGAACAGCAGAGAGUGGAGAGGAGAAAGAUGGAGAGGAGAGAGUGGAAAGGAGACGGGAGAGGAGAGACAGGAGGAGAGGAGAGAGUGCAAAGGAGACAGGAGGAGAAGAGAGUUGAGAGACAGGAGGAGAGGAGAGGAGAGAGUGGAAAGGAGACAGGAGGAGAGGAGAGAGUUGAGAGACAGGAGGAGAGGAGAGAGGAGAGGAGAGAGUGGAAAGGAGACAGGAAGAGAGGAGAGUUGAGAGACAGGAGGAGAGGAGAGAGUGGAAAGGAGACAGGAGGAGAGGAGAGAGUUGAGAGACAGGAGGAGAGGAGAGAGGAGAGGAGAGAGUGGAAAGGAGACAGGAGGAGAGGAGAGAGUAGAGAGACAGGAGGAGAGGAGAGAGGAGAGGAGAGAGUGGAAAGGAGACAGGAGGAGAGGAGAGAGUUGAGAGACAGGAGGAGAGGAGAGAGGAGAGGAGAGAGUGGAAAGGAGACAGGAAGAGAGGAGAGUUGA